AUGCACGGGCUGAAUGGAUGGGUCCCUGCCGACAUGGACGGGCAUGCCGAAGGUGAAUCCAGAAAGGCCCGGGAAGCAGAUCCGCAUGAGGCUGAAAGGACCUUGGACACGAUUUUGCGAUCGCGGGAGAACUCGCCAGAUAGGGUCCACGAUGAGCUCCAACGAUUCGCUCGAAGGAGCGGCUUUGCGCGCAACAUGAUUAGAGGUCUCUUGGAGCGUGAAGAAGACCCGGAUGAGAAGGUUCAGGGUGGCAACACCACAACUUCUCGUUCAAUAGCUGGACUGCAUGCUCAGCCAGUGCCAGGAAUGUGCAUUUUGGACUAUGGGUUUGAUUUCGACGCUUUCCUGAACGGUGAGCCUCUGUCGCUCUAG